UUCGUUGCGACAAUGGCAAACAAACCGUUCCACUUCACAUGUGCAUCAGUGCCAACUUUGGGCAGCAUGAAUUCACCCUCGACUAUUGCCACUUCACGGAGAACUAUUUCAGUCAGCGGCGAAGGAAAUUUUGCCAUGACGCCACGUCACUGCCCAUGGAGAUCGUUACGAUGAUUGCCACUUUUGCUGCGCCGGCUGCGAAGAACGAUACCAAAAUCUUGGGCAAGUAUGCCAUGGUCUGCAGCACCUGGGAGAAGGUCUGCCGCCCUUCGAUGUAUGAGCGUAUCCACAUCUGGAGCGUGGUCCAACUUCACCGUUUGCACACCAUAUUCCGCUCCCCGAGUGUCCAGCAUCUUCCACGUGAGGUAUGCGUAGGCGGCGAAGUCACUCGAUCAGUCACAGCUCCCAGUCUGGCCUUAGUCCUUUCGUCUUUGGGUCACUGCCUCCAGCGGUCUCGAUACAUCGACUGGUCUAAGACCCGCGCCGGGACAAAUGUUGCAGUGCACAUACGAGAGGCGCCGCCACGGAUCGAGGCCGCAAUCUCAGCUCUCCUUCGCCCACUCCGAAACCUUGGUUCUCUGCACUUGGAUAGGAUCGAAUUCCAGACCUUGACGCAGCUCUUUCGCAUCAUUCGGGGCUUACCCCGUGUCCGGGAUGUCCAGCUCGAGCACGUGGAGGUUCAGAAGGCUCCGGGACGCUCUUACUGGCCGCCGUCACUUAUUCUGACAGAGCUGCAGGUCCUCAGAAUCAUAGAUUGCAGUAUACCGGCACCUGCGAUUCCAGCACUUGUCUCACUUGGAAUCCGAGGCACACCAAGCUCCAAUAGUAUUUUGCAACGUCGCCGGACAUUGAAUGGUAUCUCAUUGCGCGAUGACGACGAACAUGCCAUGCUGCAAAUAGCUCAAGCUCUGGGUCAUUUACACACGCUGCCGGGCGACUACGCCGGGCACGGCCGGGUGCGAUGUAUAUUUGAUCUUGGUGGUGGGGGAGAAGAUCAGGUCGCUGAGUACAUGUCGGUUUCAUGCAACCGCCUCUCAAUCGGUGUUGAAGUGACACAAAUGCAAGAGUCAAAUAUUUCGCGUAUCAAGGCGGUCACCAUCUCGCCCAGCCUCCGCGAGCACGCUUUCGCAAGAAAAAAGGAUCAAAAGCUGACUCUCGCAUUUCUGGAUACUUCGCUUGCCGACAUAUCGAGACAAGUGAACCCUCCGCUCACAUUUCAAUGCCAGCUCCGGGGCUGGAAGAUCAAUAUUUCCAACAGAAUGCCGUUACUCUAUGCGCAGGGGAGGGUAACAGACGUUCUAGUAGCAGAUAACCGCCAUGCACACUUCGAUCCACUUCAAUACUCGCUCACCUUCUUUCCCGAUCUUUCCUACCAACAUGCCUUCCACAGCGACUCCUCCGAGCUCGUCUCCUGGAUGGCAACGCUUCUACCAGCCUCCCACACAAGCACCGCGCUGCCAGACGAUGUCACGACGGUGUCCCCAACUCCCACAGUCUCUGCCCCAGCUCCGCAUUUCGCAUCCGCCUAGUCACGCUCGGGCACUCGCAACCACUACUGGCGUUCGAGAAGCAUUAACCGUCUCGCGAGCUGGCCCCUGUCGUGCCACGCCGUCCGCAUCGAGCAGCACGCCAGAGGCGCCAGAUGCGCCAUCUCGCGGCCGCCCCGCCUACCAUACCUCGCUCGCACUGCCACGCCCGAGCGCGACUCACAUGGCGAGGACAUCGGUUGCAUUCGCCACUUCGCCACGCCAGCACGCCGGCCGUUUGCACCGUUUUGAACCUUGGUCUUUGUAGCGCGCGGAUCCUGGAGGCUGUGCGAAUUGGAGGGGUAUAGAGACGGCGAGGGAUGGAAGGAGACGUGUGGCCGGAGACGCAGCUUGGCGUGGAGACCAGUGUGCGAGUAGACGCGAGAGUCAGCGUGGAUGCUACGGCGUGGUCGUGGACGCAACGGGAGUCGGAACGUUGCUGCAUCGUCGGCGCAGGAUCGCCAUUGUGAGAAAAAUGUGAGGGGCAGGUCGCAAGGGAUGAACGAGUUCCUGCUCACGUAUUGUUUCGGAUUAAUGGGUGAUUUCGAGGGUUCGGCUCACCGUGUUAUGCUAAGCGCAACGGAUUUGUUCGCGGCUCAUGCGUGAUAAGAGCGUCACAGGGGGUGGGGUUGUUUCUGCGCGGCGUGGUCUCGGCGCACCACUCGAUUGGACGCUGGAUGGUCAGAUGCGUGUCGAUUACGAGGGGAAAGAGUUGU